AUGUCAAAUACAAUUCCACAAUAUUUUAUUAGAAUUUUCAAUCUAAUAUUUCUGGCCAGAAGGAAAAAUUUCCAAUUAGCAUUAAUAUCAGGGUUAUUAUUUUUUGGUUCAUUUGUCAUACUAUCAACUACAUCAUAUAGUAAAAAAUUCAAUUAUUUUGAUGAUUUAAUCUUGAAAAUAUAUGAUUAUAAUUAUCUAACUAAUAAUUAUAACAUUGACUAUUUAGCUAAAAAUGAUCCAGAAGCUUAUUUCAAUGUUAAAGUUCAACAAAUUGUUGAUGAAAAAAAGCAACAUGAUUUAGAAAGUAAAUUUUGGUCACUUGAUACUAAAAUUAAUGAUGAUCAAGCAACUUUACAAAUUCCAGCAUAUUUCACAUAUAAUAAACCUAGAGAUAAUAAGAACCUAGAGGAUUCUGAGCAAUCGUCAAAACCAGUGGAAAAACCAUUGAUUCAACCAUUUGAUCCAAGAUUCACUUUAGCAAUGUAUUAUUAUUAUCUUGAUCAACAAAUGACAACCGCCCAUCACGAUUCUUCUUCUUCCUCUUCUGAGAAUUCAAUUACAGUACCUUUUAAUUGGUAUGAUUGGGUUGAUAUGUCAGUAUUGAACAAAUACUUAUUAGCUCCCAACAAAGAUAAACCAGAUUGUUCAAUCUUAGAUGCUCAUGAAGAUGCUAGAAAAAUUGAAACUGAAAAGAAGAAAAUGGAAAAAUUAGCUAAACAAUGGGAUGAAAAUAAACGUAAAGCUGAAGAAGAAAAGAAAAAAGCCGAAGAAGAUAAAAAGAAGGAAGAAGAAGAAAAGAAGAAGGCUGAAGAAGAGGAAAAACAACGUCAUGAACAAGAAAAACAAGCAUUAGAAGAAGACAAGAAGAAAUUAGAGGAAGAAAAGAAAAAAAUUGAGGAAGAAAAGAAUAAGUUACAAGAGCAACAACAACAACAACAAGAAGAGAAAGCCAAUGAUGGAAACCAAAAGCAUUCUAAAUUUGUCAAACGAGAUGAUGAAAUCAAAAUGCUGACUAGCCAAGACAAAUCAGAUUCAGACUCUGAUAGAGCAAAAAUCGAUAUGACGACAUUUUUCAAUGAAGCAUUUGAAAAACUUUCUGAUGAAGAUAAAGCUAGUGUUGCUAAAGAUGUUGAAGAUGCCGUGAAAAAAAUUACUCAACCUUCUAGUUGGUGUGUUCCUAAUGCUAAACUUUCUAUAGAUCAUAGUGAUAAACAAAUUGUUCAUCCUGGAUUUAACGUUUUCAAAAGUCCUGGAAGAACCACUCCACAAAAAGCCAUUAUUGCUGGUAAAUCAUUUCUUUAUUCAUAUGCACCACCACCAUCCCUGAUUUUGUUUUUAACUUCUGAAGGUUCAUAUUCCGUGAAUGUUCAACAUAGUGCACCACUUUUAAGAAAUGGUAUCCCAGAAUCAUACCUUGCCAAUAAUAAUUUCGAUGUUUCAUUAAAUGUUUUACAACAAUUACAUAAAUUGAAGAAAAAUCAUAAACCAGAUACAGCAAAAGUUAUUAAUGAUUAUUUAUUACAUAUCCCCAAGGAAAGUUUUAAAUAUGAUCCCGAUUCAAUUAUAUUUGAUUACACUAAACGUUUAGAUAAAGGAGAAAAAUUGACUAUCAAAGAACUAAAAUAUUUACAAAGUUUAGAAUAUUCUAAAGAUAAAGUAGCUCAUGGAGGUCCACCAAAAUAUUUUGCUGAAUCAAGAUUAAUUGGUACCACUGUGGGAGAUCAUUAUGAUUGGAGAUUUUUCAAUGGUGUUCAAUUUGGAACUGUAGAUCAAUCAUUAACCUUGCAUCGAUUAAUUCGUACUUGGUUAUCAUUCACUAGAAAAAGUGGUAUCACAACAUGGAUAGCUCAUGGUUCAUUAUUAUCAUGGUAUUGGAAUGGUAUGGCAUUCCCCUGGGAUAAUGAUAUUGAUGUUCAAGUACCAAUUAUGGAUUUACAUAAAUUAUCUUUACAAUUCAAUCAAACUAUAGUUGUGGAAGAUCCAGAAGAUGGAUUUGGACGUUAUUUCUUAGAUAUUGGAUCAUUUAUAACAUUAAGAGAAAAAGGUAAUGGUAAUAAUAAUAUUGAUGCCAGAUUUAUUGAUAUUGAUACUGGAUUAUAUAUUGAUAUAACUGCAUUAGCAUUAUCCAAUAGUGAAACCCCAAAAAGUGAUUUAGCAGAAUUACCGAAAAAUUUUGAAAUUAAAGAUAAUAAUUAUAAACCUGCUAAUGAAUUAUUACAAAUUUAUAAUUGUCGUAAUAAUCAUUUUAAUUCAUAUGAUGAAUUAUCACCAUUAAUGAAAUCUUCUGUCGAAGGUGAAAUUGGUUAUAUCCCAUCAAGAUAUUCCACAAUAUUAACACGUGAAUAUCGAAGUGGAUUAUCAUCAAAUUCUCAUGGUGGAUAUAUUUUCAUUGCUAAACUUCGAUUAUGGGUUAAAGAAGAAGAUUUAUAUUAUUUCAUUAAACAUCGUGAUCAAUGGACCAAAUAUCAUAGUUUUAACACUAAAUUAUCUCAAGAUCCAAGUAAUACUUUAUUACAAGAUUAUUCUUAUUUAAUGAGUGAACAAGAAUAUGAAAAUUUACAAUAUUCUACAGAUUUAGAACAUGAUAAUCCAUUUAAAAAAACCAAAAAACCAUUAGAAUUGAAAAAUUCUGAACUUGAAAAAUUAAAACAUAUGAAUGAAUCAGAAUUAUUACAAUUUUUAAAUAAUGAUGAUAUUUUAAUUCAAUUUUUUAAUGCUAAAGAAUUUACUAGUUUCCAUGAACUGGAAAUUAUGCAAUUGACUUUUGGUAAAUCAACGGCAAAAUUAAUGUCACUGGCAAUUGAUUUCCCACCAAUAAAAUAUGAACCUUAUUUAUACAAAUUGAAUCAUGAUCUUGAUACUUUUGAAAAUAAAGUUGAUCGUUAUUUAGCAUUACAAGAUGCUUAUCAACAAGAACAUAAUAAUAGUCCUUCUGGUAGUUCUGAUAAUGGGUUUAUGGAAAUUGAAGAAGAUUUAGAUUUUGCAUUUUAA